AGGAAGUUGGUGGGCCUACUAUCUUCCCAAAAACACAUAUCAAGUUAGGGUAGUGGCAGGCAAGGGUAGAGUUGUUUGUGUAGUGAGGUAAUUGUCAAGGCACCAGGGACGCCGUGAAUUCGCCUUCCCUUCGCGAUCGCUUUCUGCGACCGAACAAGAGAAAUCUUGAGCACCAUGGCCAUGAAUCUGGUGUGGACGAUAGUGGUUGUUUGCAUCGUGGGCAACGUGGCUAUUGCUUCAAGGGUUGGUCCCGCUGAAAGCCUGGCCAUGGUGACGGACGAUGCACUUGGCGUACUUGGUGCAGGUCACCUUGUUUCCGAGUUCAGAGCUUUUGCCAGCAGGUUUUCCAAGGCUUACAAGACACAGCAUGAAGCUUUGAAGCGCUUUCACAUAUUCACUGAAAACUGGAAGCUUAUUCAUGAGGCUAAUUCGGCCAACCUACCAUACAAGCUUGAAAUUAAUGAAUUCGCUGAUAUCUCUUGGGAGGAAUUCAAGCAACACAAGCUGGGCUCAUCUCAGAAUUGCUCAGCUACGGAGGGAGGCCAUGUGCUGACGUACCAGAAGCUGCCGUCGCGUAUAGAUUGGCGGGAUGAGGGUGUUGUCAGUCCAAUUAAAAAUCAAGGUCACUGUGGUUCAUGCUGGACCUUCAGUACUACUGGAGCGUUGGAAGCCGCGUAUCUUCAGAAGACUGGAACCUUCGUCUCUCUCUCUGAGCAGCAACUGGUUGAUUGUGCUGGAGAGUACAAUAACCAUGGCUGCAACGGUGGCCUGCCGUCACAGGCUUUUGAGUAUGUGAAGUACAAUGGUGGCAUUGACACAGAAGACGCAUAUCCCUACCUUGGUCAUGAUGACCAGUGUCAUUUUUCUCCAAAGCGAAUUGGAGCACGAGUUGCCGAUGUUGUGAACAUCACAGAGUACGAUGAGGCGAGUCUUCAGGAUGCUGUGGCUUUUGUUCGACCUGUCAGUAUCGCGUUUGAGGUGGUUGAUGGUUUCCGGUUCUACAAGAGUGGAGUUUACGUCUCGGACACGUGCAAGUCGGGCCCUGAUACUGUCAACCAUGCUGUUCUGGCUGUUGGGUACGACACCUCUGGAGAUGUCCCAUAUUGGAUUGUGAAAAACUCCUGGGGCACCGAGUGGGGAGAUGCUGGGUUUUUCAAGAUAAAGCUGGGAGAGAACAUGUGUGGGGUGGCAACUUGUGCAUCAUACCCUGUUCUUGAUUAGUUCAUCACAUUGGACGUGGGGUUGACUAACGUGUUAAUAAGGGGGCUGGAGAAGAGAGGCGUGAUCAUUGUUUGUUGUGAAUCUGUUCAAACAUCUGUAUCUUUGCCACAAACAAAAGAUGAAGUUGUUGUGAUAUAAUUGAUACUUCGCAUUUCUUUUUCAGGGUCGGGGUUUGGAAGUGACACGUUUUUUCAGGCCCAAAAAUUUUCAAGGCUGACUGGUCAGGGCUUCAAUCUCGAGUACCCUGAUAUAUGUGUGCUUUGCACCUGUUUAGGCCA